AUGAACAAAGUUAGUCUGGUGUAUUCUGUAAAGAGGACCAAAAAAUCUCAUAGGGAUAACAUUGAUUUGGCGUAUCAGCGUGCAAACAACUUAAAUGAAGGCUCUGAUGCUGAUACCGAUGUUGAAGAACAAGAAGUUGAAAUUGAUGGCAAUAUGGGCAGUCGUGGUGCUAGUGCUGGUGUGGGUGCUAGUCAACUAGUUUCUCAGAAUCAGACAAAGAGAAAGAGGAUAAGCCAAAGUAAUAGUAGAGGUCCAAUUGAUUUAUAUAUGAAGACAGACCACCAAAAAACUCAACAGGCCACUCUUGAAAGAGACUCAACUGUGAAAGAGAAGUUAAUGAAGACUGCAUGGAAAUGCAUUUCAGCUUGGAUGACUGAGAAUUCAGUAUCAUUUAACACUGUUCGUUGCCCAAGUUUCAAAGAAAUGAUAUAUGCAAUAGGCGACUAUGGGAAAGCUAUGCCCCCACCAUCUUACCAUCAGAUUCGUACGAAUCUUUUCAAGGACCGGUUAGUAGAAAUGAAGAAAUUUGUUGAUACAUUUAGGGAACAUUGGAAGAGGUUUGGAUGUUCUAUCAUGUUUGAUGGCUGGACAGAUGGGAAAAAGCGACAUCUUAUUAACUUUUUGGUGAAUUGUCCGAAAGGGACAGUUUUUUUGAAGUCUGUGGAUGCGUCAAACAGAACCAAUGAUGCUGAUUUUAUACGUGGGCUUGUAAAGGAGGUAAUUAACGAUGUUGGGGAAGAAAAUAUAGUUCAGUUCAUUACCGAUAAUGGUUCAAAUUUUAAAAAGGCAGGGAAAGAUUUAAUGCUUGAAUACCCAAAUAUGUUUUGGACUCCUUGUGGUGCUCAUUGUGUUCAGUUGAUGCUAGAAGAACUUGGUUACAAGCUUCCACGAAUCAAGACAGCCGUCAUUCUAGGUAAGAGACUCGUUACAUAUAUUUAUGCUCAUUUUCAAGUAUUAAGCUUAAUGAGGGAAAUGAUCGGUGGUGAAUUACAUAGGUCUACAAAGACUAGAUUUGCAACUCAGUACUACACACUAGAAAGUCUUGCAAAGUAUAAAACCCAUUUGCAAAUAAUGUUUGUGAAUGAUAAGUGGUUGAAAAUGAGGUUUGCAAAAGAAACUAUGGGAAUUAAUAGUGCUAAAGCCUUUGGUUAA